CCGGGUUUCUUUCUCCUCAGGGUACCAGCUCCUUACUGCCCUGCAGGCGUUUGUGAUUGUGGCUAAAAGAAGGAGGUCCUAAGGUCUGUAGAUAGACAUUUCAGACAAAGAAAAAGAGGAGGAAACAGUCUAAAAUCCUCACAGGUAACAUCAUGCAAAAACCCUGCAAAGAAAAUGAAGGAAAGCCCAAGAGCAGCGUGCCAAAGAGAGAGGAAGAGCGCCCCUAUGGAGAAUUUGAACGCCUGCAAACAGAAGGGAAUUUUAGGCAAAGGCUGCUCCAGUCUCUCGAAGAAUUUAAAGAGGACAUAGACUAUAGGCAUUUAAAGGAUGAAGAAAUGACAAGAGAGGGAGAUGAGAUGGAAAGAUGUUUAGAAGAGAUAAGAGGCCUAAGAAAAAAAUUUAGGGCUCUACAUUCUAACCACAGGCAUUCUCGGGACCGCCCUUAUCCCAUUUAAAUGCAUUUCUUCUCUCAAUUUGACUAUUUCUGUUAUUAAUACUUCCAUCUCUGAUUUCUUUUGUUUGUGUGUUCUUGCCAAAUAUUUGCUAUCCUUUUACUCCAAUCUCUCAAAGUUCUUUUGAUUCAAAUUUGACUUACUACCAAGCAUCUCAUAUUUAGACUCAGUUUCAUUAUUUAACAGGGAGGUUCAUUCAUUUUUAUGGGAAGAUAUUCAUUCUAUUUUAUAUAUACAUAUAAUGUAUGACAAAUACAAGGGAAAAUGUCUGAAUUAUUAUACACC